UCUCCCUUCCGCUCUCAAGCCUCUCCCCUCCUUCACUCCCUCCCUCCCUCCCUCCCAGAGAGAGAAGCGACACCUCACCCAACUCCGUUCCGUUUCUUUCUCUCUCUAAACUAAGUGUUCUUUCAUUUCUUCAGUUUUAGCUCUCGUAAAUAGAUAGCUUUUAGCUCGUUCGCGGUUGUUGAUAUGUAAUGAUCUUUCCUUUUUCUUCCUAGAAAGGUAGUUGCCUAAGAGGAAAAGAGAAAGAAAUCAGAGUUUGCUUCGAUUCCCGAAGAAAUUGAAGGAAGAUAGAGAAUUUUUACUACUAUAUUCGAAUUCAAAAAGAAUCGAUCGUGAUGGCGUCAACUGCGAUCUCGAAUCAUCCUGUAACUAAUUCCAACUUCGAUCGCUCAAAAAGAAAAAAGAAGAAGAAAUCGCAAGCUCAAUCCAAGGAGAAUCAGAUUCAAGACCACGCUAAAUGGAAAACCGAAGCUCAGCAACAAAUCUACUCCACUAAACUAAUCCAAGCCUUGAGCCAAGUUCGUCUUACCCCUUCUUCUCCUUCGGCUCCCCGCCAAGGCCGAGCUGUUAGAGAAGCCGCUGAUAGAGCCCUGGCCUUCGCUGCUAAGGGGAGAACAAGGUGGAGCCGUGCCAUAUUGACUAGCCGAAUCAAGCUCAAGUUCAGGAAGCAGAACAAGAGGCAGAGAGUGGUGGCGUCUUCUGCUGUCUCGACGGUUACUGGAACUAGCCGAUCGAAGAAGCCGAGAUUUAGCGUUUUGAGGUUGAAAGGGAAGAGUUUACCAGCUGUGCAAAGGAAAGUUGGUGUUCUAGGCCGGUUGGUUCCUGGUUGCCGUAAGCAACCUUUGCCUGUUAUCCUAGAAGAAGCUACUGACUAUAUAGCUGCUUUGGAGAUGCAAGUUCGAGCCAUGAGCGCUCUUGCUGAACUGCUCUCUGGCUCCAGUUCAAGCUCCGGCGCCGGCGCUAGUUCCGGCCCGAGGCCGACGAGCUGAGCCAGUCUACGCCCAUGGGCGGAUGUCAUUUCGGGGUUCUUCAAUAUAUUUUUCUUAAUUUUUCAUCUUCUCCCACUUUCUCUCAGUAAUCUCUUGUUAAAUACCUGUCCACUUCCUCUUUUCGAUUUGUCCCUUUUUUCUAUCUCACAUUACUUCUUUAAAAAAAAUGUUCUCUUUUGAAUCCUUUAGCAGGGAAUAAUCAACCUGUGAAAACUUUCACUCACAAUCUGUUGAACUGGUUUGAUAUCUCCUAUAGGAAAAUUUUUCCAUUAAUCUGUAGUUGCCUUUGUGUAUAUUAUCAGCAUAUGGAUGUUUUUGGGCUGCAAGGGUUGUUUUCUUCAAUUAUUUGUAUAUACUGCACAGGCUUUUGCUUAAUGGGUUUUGACCUCUCCAUCUCAAAA